GUAGUCUUUGUGGCUAUAGUGAUCAACGGCACUGCCGAAGUGGAGAAAAAGUCCAGAAAAACGGACAUCAUUGUGGAGCAGUUUCUGGGAUUGGAGGACUUCUCUACGAAUGAGUUACAUGAAAGACUGUCACGAGCCGUGCUACCCUUUCAGGCCCAAGAGACUGAGUGGGGAAAUAUGGAACUUUGAGGACGGAAGAAGUGAGGGAGAGGUAUGAAUUUCAACCACAGUGUACUGCCAUCUAGCGUAUGAUGACAGUGGAAGAUGGAAGUUGAUGGAACAUUUCUCUGUGCUGAUUCAUCGCGUUCUUAUUCGAUUGCUUCAACAUUCAUCGCGAUUGCAUCUCGGCCAUACAGAUGCAAGCCGAUGUCAAACUGAAGGGAGGAAUAUGAUGAAAGAAACAAGUUGCAUUGGUCCACGGUUUAUGUUUCCAUGACAAACAUACGGCAUCAACAUGCGACAAACGUGUGCGGCGGAUAUAAAACUGUCUUGUUACAUUCGUGUACAUUUGCCCUGAAAGUUGAUAUGAAGUUCUGUAAACGAUAAUGUUGCAAUAAGUCGUAGAAGACUGCUAUUAUUUCCAGUGAUGACACAAUCAGUUGUUGUACAAGACUAUCCCCUUAGCUUUCAUGGUCUGUGUUCUGCAGUUGGGCAGUGUGGUAACCAGGUGGGCUGCAGGUUUUGGGAUCUUGCUUUGCGGGAACAUUCCCAUGUCAAUAAAAAAGGAAUCUACGAUGAGGCUCUGAGCAGCUUCUUUCGGAAUGUUGACUCAAGGAGAAGCGUCGGGGGAUCUUGUGACAUCACUGGUGGGAGGAUCCAAUCCCUGAAGGCCAGGGCGGUGCUGGUGGACAUGGAGGAGGGUGUGGUGAAUGAGAUUCUACAGGGCCCGCUGAGAGAAUUGUUUGAUAGCACUCAGCUCAUCACUGACGUGUCCGGCUCAGGCAACAACUGGGCAGUGGGCCACUGGACGUAUGGCUCAGCCUACAGGGAACAGAUUGUGGACCAGCUGAGGAGGGCAGCAGAGCAUUGUGACUGCCUGCAGUGCUUCUUUCUCAUUCACUCCAUGGGUGGAGGGACUGGAUCAGGCCUGGGCACCUGUGUGUUGAAACUUCUGGAGGAGGAGUUCCCCGAGGUAUGUCGUAUCGUCACCUCAGUCUACCCCUCAGCAGAGGACGAUGUCGUCACUUCCCCCUACAACAGUGUCUUGGCCAUGCGGGAGCUCACCGAGCAUGCCGACUGUGUCCUCCCUGUGGAGAAUCAGUCACUGGUAGACAUAGUGAACAAGAUCAAGCACAUGUCCCACAGUGGGAAGCCAGGUUCUGUGAUCAAGAAGGACAGUGCCAUCAUCUCAGGCCAGGGAGGGGUCAGUGGAGCCGAGAAGCCUUUUGAUGCCAUGAACAACAUUGUAGCCAACCUGCUGCUCAAUAUCACCAGUUCAGCUCGUUUUGAGGGAUCACUCAACAUGGACCUGAAUGAGAUAGCCAUGAACCUAGUGCCCUUCCCUCGACUGCACUACCUGGUGCCCAGCCUCACCCCUCUUUACACCCUGGCUGAUGUCAACAUCCCCACCAGAAGGCUUGAUCAGAUGUUCACUGAUGCCUUCAGUAAAGACCACCAGCUGAUCCGGGCUGACCCCAAACACAGCCUGUACCUGGCCUGUGCCCUCAUGGUCCGUGGCAACGUGCAAGUGUCGGACCUCCGCAGGAACAUAGAGAGACUGAAGCCCAUGCUGCCUUUUGUGUCAUGGAAUCAGGAGGGAUGGAAGACAGGCCUGUGUUCUGUGCCCCCUGUGGGUCACUCCCACUCACUACUAGCCCUGGCCAACAAUACCUGUGUCAAACUCACCUUCAUGGAGCUCCGAGACCGCUUCACCAAGCUCUACAGGAAGAAGGCUCACAUGCAUCACUACCUGCAUGUGGACGGGAUGGAGCAGGGCUGCUUCACGGAGGCUAUCUCCUCCCUCUCCUCUCUGAUAGAAGAGUACAGUCAGCUGGAUGCCACCAAGGACAGACUUAUGCCUGACGCUGCCAGGCUCAACAUCGCCACAUGAAGGUCCUCUGUCUGUGUGUUCGCACUAGCAGACUACACAUAGUGGAGCGUGUUUGUAGCAGAAAAUAGUACUGUAAUUUGAUAACUUGGUUUAUUUAUUUAUUUUUUAUAAGUUACAAAGGAUUUCUUACCUGUGUCUAAAUGAUAUUCCUUAUCCGUUAAAAAUAAAUUACAAUUAAUAACUGA